AUGGAUGGGAGCAGUGCGACGUCGUUUGAGAUUGAUUCUGUUAUUGGAGAUGGUGUUAAGAAGGCUAUGGAUCGUGAUCGCCUCGCUGAUUGGCUCUUAUUUCCCAAGAGAGCUAAAAGGAUUCUUGCUAAUAGGCAAUCUGCAGCACGCUCGAAGGAGAGAAAUAAGGUUACUAGUGAGCUAAGAGGAGGUGCAGACACUUCAACUGAAGCAACCACACUGUCAGCUCAGUCACCAUGUUGCAGCUUUAUGCAGAGAGACACUACUGGGUUAACAGCUGAGAAUAAGGAACUCAAACUGCGAUUACAAGCUAUGGAACAACAAUCACAGCUUAGAGAUGCUCUGAACGAAGCGUUAAGGGAAGAAGUACAACGCCUUAAAAUAGCUACAGGCCAGAUUCCAGCAGUGAACGGAAGCCCUUUCGGCAGAGGACUACCUCCUCAAUUUUCCAGCCACCAGCCAGCCUUACAUCACUUUGGUGGGCAUCAAACUCAGCAGCACCAACAACAGCAGCAGCAGCACCAACAACAGCAGCAGCAGCAGAUGCCGCCGUCAUCCACCAACAAUCAGACGCUGAGCGGGCAGUCACACCCAAGUUUCAUGGACUUUAACCAGAGGGUCUAGCUUCGUUCAAGACACUUGAUUGAUGGUGUUAUCUAAUCCUUUUAAGUAGUAGAAGAUGAGGGUUUUUUUUUUUUUUUGUUCUUUUUCUUUUUUGUAUAUAGAAAUGUGUAUAUGUGUUGCAGGUUGUGAAUGAGUGUUGCUCAGAGCAAACCCCUGUAUCAGUUGCGCACAUGGCUAUGUUACUCAUAGUGUAGAAAAUUACUCACAUCUUGAUGUAGAAAAAUUAGGAGGUAAUGAUAAUUGAUGGUUGGAUGAUUGUUGUUGUCAGUUGUAGCUCAUUAUAUUUUGAAUAAUUGUUUAUGGAGUUGGUUUUAUUUAA